UGCAAGAUAUGCCUGGAUAUCAAUCAGAGGGAGUUCGACUGACUGACGGGAAUGUGCUCAUAACAGCAUCUGAAGCCGGUGCUUGACUAUCAAACGGACUCAUCGUGCGAACACGGCGUGGUGGAACGCCAGUCUACCUCGCCGCCCCUACGAGUACCGCCUAUUCAUUGACACGGGAUUGACAGCCCCACGGCACCGCAAAGAUGCGUCGGGUCCAUCCAGCAAAGAAUGAGUAUCUCGUUGGCCUUGUGGACAUCGGAAGCAAUGGGAUCCGAUUUUCGAUCUCAGACCUGUCCCCUCCGACCACCAGAAUCCUACCGACAAUCUACAAGGACCGUUCUGGCAUUUCGCUCUACGAUGCACAAUUUGACCCAGAAACCGGAGACAGAAUCCCCAUUCCACUUCGCGUCAUUAAAAAUGUCACCGCUGAGCUGGAACGAUUCAGUCUUGUCUGCCAUGAGUUUGGCGUCCCAGGGGCCAACAUCUCCGUCGUUGCCACAGAAGCCACCCGGACGGCUCUCAACAACAAAGAGCUUACGCAGCAUAUCAAGGCGAAAUCAGGAUUAGAAGUUCAAAUGCUGAGCAAGGAAGAAGAAGGCAACGUUGGUGCCAUGGGUAUUGUAAGUAGUCUGCCGACUGUCAAGGGACUUGUGAUGGAUCUGGGAGGCGGCAGUGCCCAACUGACCUGGAUCAUCUCGGAGGACGGGAUGGUAAGGACUAGUCCUAAGAUCGCUGUGUCAUUCCCUUAUGGUGCUGCCGCGGUGACAAAGAGGCUGGAAGAUUGUAAGGAAUCCCCCGACCCGGAGAAGGCUCGAGAGGAAUUCAGACAGGAGAUCAGUCAGAGGUUCCGAGAAGCACUGGACAGCUUGGAAAUUCCGCCAGAGCUUACAGAUCGAGCACGUAGAGAAGGUGGAUGGCAUCUAUACUUGUCGGGCGGCGGAUUUCGGGGCUGGGGUUAUCUACUUCUCCAUGAGUCGCAGAAACAUGGCCAAAACUAUCCAAUCUCAAUCAUCAAUGGCUUCAAGGUCUUCAACGAGGAGCUCACAAACACCAAAAGACUCAAGGAAGUUGCCAAAAAUGCGGAGAAGAUCUUCCGUGUUUCAGACCGUCGCAGAUAUCAGGUUCCUGCAGUCGCCUUUCUGAUCAAUGUCUUAUCCAACACGUUGCCACUGGGAGGGCCGCUGGUAGCUCGUUUCUGUCAGGGAGGAGUGCGAGAAGGGUUACUAUUUCGAGACUUACCAAGAUCAGUACGAGCACAGGAUCCUAUCGCCGUCGCCUCUGCUCCUUUUGCGCGGCCAUCUGCUGGCGACUUCAAGAGAUUGCUACUUAGUGCGUUGCCACCACCAGCGUUUGGCAUGGUCUCGCCCGAAUCGAUUACAUCCCACAUCAUCGAAGGUCUGGCUAAUCUUUGUUUCCAACAUUGCACUCUGAGCAAGGAAUUGGCCUCGUUCUCGGCCCUAUACUGUACGAUCAGUGGUGUUCUAGCCUCUGCGCAUGGCUUGUCUCACUCCUCACGAGCCAAGAUUGCCUUGAUGCUGGAAAGUCGGUACGACGGCGAACUUCCUCCGCGAGAGGAACAGUACAAACGACUCCUCGAGAAUAUUCUAACACCAGAGGAAGUUUGGUGGUGUAGAUAUGCUGGCACUGUGGCCUGGUUGAUUGGACAGAUCUACCCGACAGGUGCCAUCGGCUCGAAGCCAAAGCUGUGGCUUUCUGCGCGUUUUGCAGACAAUCUUGGCAAGUCAGGAAAGAGAAAUGGAAUCGAACUCACAGUUUCGAUUCCAAGGUCCGACAAACAGGUUGAGUUGGUUGGUGAUUCAGAUGAUGAUGAAGACGAGGACGAGAAUCCAAUCGUUGGCAGGACCCGAAUUGAAGGAUACGCAAAGAGGGUUAGCAAGGUGGGCAAGAGAAAGCGUUGGGUUGGCGGACGAGAAGGAUGGGGAAUGAAGGUAAAGGUGAUUGUUGCUGAGCAGUUGUCUAUGGAUUGAAACGUGGGCUUCUGGAAGUUCGAAUCAACGUAUACGAUAGCAGGUUAUAUAAUUCAGGGUUUAUGGUCAGUAUCAUUACGCGUUUGAAUGGGUGAAGGAGAACUGGUGCUGUUUCUAGGUCUUUUCAUCAUUAUAUGAUAUGGGUUUUUAAAAAGCGUAUUCUGUAUGUCUUACAGUACUGGUAUCUGGUAUGAGAACUAUGAAAGCGAAGAAGGCGUUUGUAUAAAAGGU